GUAAUCAUGGCAGUAGCAGAGGAUUUGCUGUGUUCUGCUUCUCAGAGCAGUCGCAUUUCACUGCAGCGAACUCAGGCUGGAUGGCUGUUGAUAGCUGCCCUCAUGACAUUAGGUCCUGCAGUUGUCCAACACCAUCUGCCACGAAUGCUGCUACUAUGGAAGUGCAUCUUCCCAUCGUCUCCUAAAGACCUAGAAACAGAGAAGACACGAGGAGAUUCAUUUACCUGGCAAGUAACGCUGGAAGGUCGUGCUGGUGCUCUCUGUGCUAUCAAAAGCUUUGUUUCCCACUGUGCUGGUCUUCUGACAGAUGAAGUUGUUCAGAGGCUUCUUCCUCCACUCCCAAGUGCUAUUGAGUUACUGACACAGCUUUCUUCAAUAUAUAAAUCAUAUGGAAAUUCUUUAAAAAUGCCAUCAAUGGUUUACAGACAUAAACUUUAUGAAUUGCUAGCAGUAUUGCCUCCAAAGACCUAUGAAGGAAGCUUCUGUGCUGUUCUAAGAGAGCUAGUGGCCGACUUGACUGUGCCAGAUAGCCAGAUCAAUGCCUCUACUUUCUUGCUUCCACCUCUUUGUCAUGAGAAUGAUCUCGUUUUACUUGGUCCCUUACUGCAGGAGACUGAUCACCGAUUUAUCGAAGAGCAGCUCCUUUUAGGUAACAGCAUAGCUGGUGGCAGCCUUGAGUACGACCCCCACUCAAUUUAUGAGAAAGCUGCAAGAGGAGAUUCAGUACCUAAGCCACUACCUCCCAUUUUGUCUGUUAUCAGUGCAGCAACUCAUCUUUUUGGAGUUAUGUUUUCCCAUAUAGCAGAUUCUCACAGGCUCCAGGUGAUAGAACAGUUGCUGAAUUCCAUAAAGCAAACAAAAGGAUUGCGGCAACAAAUAGUACAACUAAAUGUUGUGUCAGCCUUUGCUACUUCCUUAAAGCACUUGGCUAACUGCAAGGGAAGUUUAGGUCCAGAAGAAGUUAGAAGGUCAGCCGUGACAUUGGUAAUGGGUGCCUUGGAAAGCAAUAAUCCACUCCUAAGAUGUGCUGCUGCAGAGUGUUUGGCCAGAUUGGCACAGGUGGUUUCUGACAGUGCCUUCACUGCUGGACUAGCACAAGUCAGUUUUGACAAGCUAAAGUCUGCUAGGGAUGUGAUAUCAAGAACAGGUCAUUCUUUGGCUCUGGGAUGUCUGUACAGGUACCUGGGAGGAAUAGGUUCUACUCAGCACCUGAAUGCAUGCGUUGGAAUCCUUUAUACUUUAUCUCAGGACAGUACUUCUCCUGAUGUACAGGCAUGGGCACUUCACUCUCUGUCACUGAUAGUAGAUUUGGCUGGCCCUUUGUAUCAUGUGCAUGUGGAAGCUACCUUAUCUCUUGUUCUCAUGUUGUUACUGACUGUGCCUCCUGCUUAUGCUGAAGUUCACCAAAGCCUUGGUCGCUGUUUAAAUGCACUUAUUACCACACUGGGCCCUGAGUUGCAAGGCAGCAGUACAACCGUUUCAGCCACAAGAACUUCCUGCCUCCUGGGCUGUGCAGUGAUGCAGGAUAAUCCCGACUGCUUUGUUCAAGCUCAAGCCAUCUCUUGCCUUCAGCAGCUUCACAUGUUUGCUCCUCGACAUGUCAACUUAUCUAGCCUUGUAAGCUGCCUAUGUGUGAAUCUCUGUAGCUCAUACUUACUGUUGAGACGUGCAGUGGUAGCUUGCUUACGUCAACUUGUGCAAAGAGAAGCUGCUGAGGUAUCAGAAUAUGCUGUUGCAUUAGUUAAAGAGAGCAGAGAGGAUUUUACUCCAGCAUUCAGCUCACAGACUUUGUUCUUAGCAGAUGUUAACAUCAGAGAAAUAGGCCUGGAGGGGGCAUUACUGGGCUUGCUGGACAAAGAAUUGGAUCAAAGAUUGUGCCAGGAUAUCAAAGAGACUCUGAUUCAUAUGCUUACUUCAAUGGCAGUUGAAAAGCUGUCUUUUUGGUUGAAGCUUUGUAAAGAUGUUCUUGCUGCCUCUGCUGAUUUCAAUACAGUAGCUUCAGUAGACACCACUCAAGAAGAGGAAACUGCCAAAGUGGAUGAUGCAUCUGUAUUAACAUCUGACAGCGAUGAGAGGUUCCAUCCUUUCAGUAAUCCUCGAUGGUCUACCAGAGUUUUUGCUGCAGAGUGUGUUUGUAAAAUUAUAAGCCAGUGUGAAAAUGCAGGCAGUGCACAUUUUGACAUAACUUUGGCUCAGGAAAGAAAACAACGUGAUUCAAGAGAUGACUUCUUGGUACUGCAUUUAGCUGACGUGGUCCGGAUGGCGUUUAUGGCUGCCACAGAUCCCAGUGACGAGCUUCGUCUUUCUGGGCUUCAAACAUUGCUAACUGUUGUGCGGAAGUUUGCGGCCGUUCCAGAACCAGAGUUCCCAGGGCAUGUCAUUCUGGAGCAAUACCAAGCCAAUGUUGGAGCAGCACUUAGGCCUGCCUUUGCUCCUGAAACUCCUCCUGAUGUCACAGCGAAAGCAUGUCAGGUAUGCAGUGCCUGGAUAGCAAGUGGUGUAGUAAGUGAUCUUAAUGAUCUUCGAAGGGUUCACCAGUUGCUUGUAUCCUCUUUGGUGAAAGUGCAGGCUGGGAAGGAAGCACAAAGUCAACAAUACAAUGAAAGCACCUCAACUAUGGAGAUGUUGGCUGUGCUUAAGGCCUGGGCAGAGGUUUACAUAGUUGCAGUUGAAAAGCAAAAAAAUCAAAGUGAUGCACACAAUCACAGUUUAAAAAUUGCAAAUUCUGCAGAAGAAAGCUACAGAGAUACAUCUUCAACCAGUGGACUUCUGGACUUGGUACAGGCAGACCUUGGAACACUAAGUAAGCUCUGGCUUGCCGCACUUCACGAUUUUGCUCUCUUAACUUUGCCUUCAGAAUAUGCAUCACAACUGCCUGCUGAAGGUGGCACAUUUUAUACAGCAGAGACAAUUGAAAAUGUCAGACCUCAUUACUACAACUCCUGGGCACUGAUACUUUAUGCUGCAGCAUUAUGGCUUACUAGCACAGGUUUCAUUGUUGUUGAUCCAGAUGAAGGAGUUAAUAAUCUCUCUAGACCUGUCACCCCAACUACAAUGUGUCAAGAUUCUUCUACCAGGCCCCUGGUUAAAUCUCCUGAGGAUGUGAAUACUGACAGAUUUCAUCUUAUCUUGGGAAUUAGUGUGGAAUUUCUCUGCUCUCCUCGAUCGGAUGCAGCGACGGAGAACAUUAUUGCCUGCUUACGUGCUCUACAGACACUUUUUGAUGUUCCAUGGCCAAGGUCUAAAAUAGGUGGUGAUCAGGAGCUGGGUGUAGAGCUGCUGAAUGUUUUGCAUCGGCUGAUCCUGACCAGAGAGUCGCCUGACGUUCAGCUGGCUGCCCUCGAAGUGGUUCGGCUGGUUCUCUUCGCAGCUCAGGAGCACGUGAAGGAGAAGCGGAGGAGUGCGGAAGUUGAUGAUGGUGCUGCAGAAAAGGAAACGUUACCAGAAUUUGGAGAAGGCAAAGAUACAGGAGGACUGGUGCCUGGGAAAUCGUUAGUCUUUGCAACGCUGGAGUUGUGUGUUUGUAUUCUUGUCAGACAGCUUCCCCACCUCAACCCUAAAUUAACUUGUAGCCCUGCGGUUCAGUCUGGAAAACAUCUGUUCUUGUCAGAAGAUGGAAGCAGGCUGGUAGCAGCAGCAUUAGUUAUUCUCUCUGAUGUUCCUGCAGUCUGCUCUCCUGAAGGAAGUAUUUCAGUUCUUCCUACUAUCUUGUACCUAAUUAUUGGAGUACUUAAAGAAACUGCUGUGAAAUUGCAAGACGGCCAGUUGCCUUUGACAGUCGCUGCGUCUCUACAAGCCCUUAAAGGACUCUUGUCCUCUCCAAUGGCUCGCGCAGAGAAGAGCCGGACUGCUUGGACCCAUCUUCUGCGUAGUGCUUUGGUCACAGUGCUCGACUGUUGGGAUCAAGCAGAUGGGCUCCCCCAAGAAGUUGAUGAAGUUAGUCUGCUUACUGCUAUCACAGUAUUUGUUAUGUCCACCAGUCCAGAAGUUACUACCAUAGAGUGCCUUCAAAAGCGUUCUAUUGAGAAGUUUAAAAUGACACUUGACUCAAAAGAUCCUCUUGUACAGUAUAAGUGCUACCAGCUGCUGCACUCCAUUUUUCAACAUCCAAACAAAACUGUGUCAUAUCCUUAUAUUCAUUCUUUAGCACCAUCCAUUGUGGGAAAAUUGCAGGAAACAGAAAAAGCAAAACCUGAAAAUGCUGCUGAACUUCAAGUAAUUCAGGAGGGAAUAAAGGUGGUUACAGCUCUUACAGUCGCUGCUGAUGAAGAGCACCGUGCUCAUUUGGUCGCCUGCCUUCUUCCCAUCCUUAUUUCCUUUCUUUUGGAUGAAAAUGCCCUGGUUUCUGCCACAAACUCAGCAAAAAAUUUACAUGAAUUUGCUUUGCAAAAUCUGAUGCAGAUCGGUCCACAAUACUCAUCAGUUUUUAAAAAACUAAUGGCUUCCUCUCCAAGUAUGAAAGCCAGGCUCGAGUCAGCUGUAAAAGGCAAUCAAGAAAGCAUCAAAGUGAAGACUGUUAAACAUGCAAGGAAUCCUGGGAAAAGUUCAAGUAUUCAGCUAAAGACCAAUUUUCUUUGAAGUCUUGUAUUGUCAUUUUUAUGCACUUUGAUAACAAAAGCAAAAAUUGUCCCUUUUAGUUUCUAACCAGAAUAGUAUUGCUAUGAGUUUAUCUCAUAUAUAUCACUUUGCACUCAAGUAUUACAGAAUACAUUUAAGAGAAGACAUCUCUAGACAACUUUCUGUUAGUGUAACACUUCUUAAACAUCUCUAAACGCCGUGAAUAAAUUUAUCAGAGGUUAUCUAAUCUGUAUUUUUUUAUUAUUUUGAACUAAAAAUCCAGAAAUCACAUGCCUAUA